AUUGCUCUAUCAGCUUCUCAAUACGCAUGCGUUUUAAGAAAAGUCCGAAUAGCCGUUGAAAAUUCUUUGUUCAAAAUUCGUCUUGGUAGAAAAUUUGAGUCUUUGCUAAAAUUGAUAGAAAUCAAUAUGACAGGAACACAGCAAAAAACACAAUGCAUAACGUUGAAGGGUUCAGCAGCAUUAGUACGAAAAUAUUUGCUUUACGGAAUUAACAGCAUUCUGUACCAGCGAGGGAUUUACCCGCCGGAAACAUUUGAGCCUGAAGAACAUUUUGGUCUGUCAUUUCUCAUGUCCACUGACCAAAAAAUCAAGAGUUUUUUUGAUACUGUUCUUGGUCAAGUUGAAGAGUGGCUUGUAAAGAGAGAAAUACAACAAGUUACCCUCGUCAUAACGAACGUUAAUACCAGAGAAGUUCUUGAAAAAUGGGAUUUCAAGGUCGACUACGAGGGCCAAACCAAAAAUGGAUCUGGUGAUAAUAAUGGAACAAGCGAUUUGCCUGAUGUUGGUACUAAAGAUAUUAAAACCAUUCAGAAAGAAAUACGUGAAGUUAUUAGACAAAUUACAGGCACUGUGAGCUUCUUACCUUUAUUGGAUUGUAUUUGCUCCUUCGACAUUUUGACAUACACAGUACCCGACUGCGGAAUCCCAAGUCAAUGGGACGAAACGCAGCCUGUUUUCAUCGCCAAUAGCCAAGAAGUUAAAUUGCGAUCGUUUUCAACGUCGAUCCACAAAAUGGAUACCAUAGUCAGCUACAAAAAUACGUGAACACCUGUGGCGAAGAAAUUUCGUGGAUUUCCUCAAAGGAAACUUGUGUAAAUAACUCCUCAAGUAUUAAAUUUUUGUUCCAUUUUUUUUUUUCAAAUGCAGAAAUAAUCGAAGACAUUCGUAAAUCUCGUUGGGGGUUACCAAAGAAUGAGAUCCCGUUGCCACUCGCUAGUUCAUUUCUCAACGACGACAAUCAGCUUAUUGUAAAUCCUAUUUUCAUUCACAAUACUCAUCACUCAUCGAUUUUGCAGUUUUAAAUACGCAUGUGAGAGUGUUUCAAGUUCGUUGAGAUACCCUUCGAUUGGAAAAUCAGUAUAUUGUGAAUUUUUCGUAACACUCCCACUAAAGUUUGGUUGUUUCGAAAUAACGUAUUUUUUUUCUCUUAUAUUUUUUCAAAUAAAAGGUGAUCUUUGCUCCGA